UGAUGGGACAACAGUGAUUUCUGUAGCCUAAGCAACAAAGUCAUGAAGUUAUUUCAUAAAGUUCAUUAUAUCCUAAUACUUUUGAACAUAUUAAUUUAUUUUUUACUCAGUUUUUGUUUACUUAAAGAGGUUUUUUUUUUUCAUGCAAAUGACAGUGCAAGCAAAUUGAGGUAUGACGUAAUCCAGCGACGUUUAGGACAGCCAAUAGCGAGUGUCCUUACUGAGGAGCGGACAACAGUGGGCUCAGAAAGAACCAGGAGGUAACAGGGAGCGCACAUUUAUCAACAGUGGGAACAAGGGGAGGCGACGACCAAGCAAAACAAAGCAGUUUUUGUUCCAAGGAGCACCUGAACGGAUUUUUUGCUGCCUUGAUCAUUCGGAAGAAAUUACUAGGAUCGCUAAUUGCAAGGUGGACAGUCCGCUGCCUGGUCGCUCGUGGUAACGCUCCGCCAUGCCUUUCCCCUUUGGCAAGUCCCACAAGUCACCGGCGGACAUCGUCAAGCACCUGAAGGACAGCAUGACCGUGCUUGAGAAGCAUGACAUCUCUGAUAAAAAGGCAGAAAAGGCUGCGGAGGAGGUGUCAAAAAGCCUGGUGGCCAUGAAGGAGAUCCUCUACGGGACGAAUGAAAAAGAGCCUCAGACAGAGGCAGUCGCUCAGCUCGCCCAGGAGCUCUACAACAGUGGUUUACUCAGCACCCUGAUAGCUGACCUGCAGCUCAUUGACUUUGAGGGUAAAAAAGACGUAGCACAGAUCUUCAACAACAUCCUGAGGCGCCAGAUCGGCACCCGGACACCAACUGUAGAGUAUCUUUGUACCCAGCAGAAUAUCCUCUUCAUGCUGCUUAAAGGGUACGAGUCUCCAGACAUUGCCCUGAACUGCGGUAUCAUGCUGAGGGAAUGCAUCAGACAUGAACCUCUGGCUAAAAUCACACUGUGGUCAGAGCAGUUCUACGACUUCUUCAGAUAUGUUGAAAUGUCCACAUUUGACAUAGCCUCAGAUGCAUUCGCCACUUUUAAAGAUCUCCUCACGAGACACAAGAUACUGAGCGCAGAGUUUCUGGAGCAACAUUACGAUAAAUUCUUUAGUGAAUAUGAGAAGUUACUGCACUCUGAAAACUACGUGACGAAACGACAGUCGCUCAAGUUACUGGGAGAGUUGCUUCUGGAUCGGCACAAUUUCACCAUAAUGACGAAAUACAUCAGCAAGCCAGAGAAUCUCAAACUGAUGAUGAAUUUGCUAAGAGACAAAAGCCGCAACAUCCAGUUUGAGGCUUUCCAUGUUUUUAAGGUGUUUGUGGCCAACCCCAACAAGACGCAGCCGAUCCUGGACAUCCUGCUGAAGAACCAGACCAAACUCAUCGAGUUUCUCAGCAAGUUCCAGAACGACAGAACCGAGGACGAACAGUUCAACGACGAAAAGACUUACCUAAUCAAACAGAUCAGGGACCUGAAGAGGCCUGCGCCUCAAGAAGCCUGAGGGAGCUGUGUGCAGGACAGAGCCAUCAGUACCGGGUCUGGACCACAUCCAGACAGUGUGUACCUAACGGACCCAUCAGCAGCAGCAGUUCUGCUUUCUUCUGAACAAAAACUGAGAAACAACAACAACAAAAACGCUCUCAUCAACUCACCAGGCCGUCGCCAGCUCAUCUGCCCCUCAGACUUUUUUUUUUUGUUUUAGUUUUUAUUUUAAUAUGCUGCUUUUGUGCACAUCAAUACUUCAUUUUAACUCAACAGUCCAUCAAACAUUGGUCAUCUAACAUUGAUCCGUGCUCACGCUGCAGGAAAAUUACUCAGGACGUGUUUGAGACGGUACAAGCACGAUGAACGCCGCUCUGAUUGCUGCAUGCUGUGAAACGUGACCGAUCCAUGGCUGUACGCAGCGUAGGCGCCCUCACAGCAAGGCUGGCUCCCGCCUUUAAGGUCACCGACUCGACAACUUCUGCCACGUCGCAGCAGGCGCCAGAGUUCACAUGUAGGCUCCGAAUCGGCGGUGAAUUAUUUUUACAGAGAAAGGCUCUGAGUUCCUCCGUGCUGUGUCAUGAGGCAGUUAAAGCACAUCCAACAGGGGGGAGGGUUGGAUGGUACCAAUUAAUUACAGCCCAGGAUUUGGGUCGUUUUUAUUAUUAUUAUUAUUAUUAUUAUCUGGGGCAAGGUGAACAUGUACAUAAGCCUUUUUUUUUUCUUUGUAGAUUUUUGUUUAACAUGAAUAUAUAUUAUAUAUAUCACCUUAAACAAAACGUUUUUGGUUAAUUGUAAUCAAGUUGCAUUCGAAAACCAUAAAAGUGACGUUUUUUGCAUUUCAUUUACUGCUGAAGUGAUUGCUGGUGGGUUUGUUUGUACAUACAGUAACUUGAAGCACCGGCUCACGUUUAGCUAACCUAUAGGAACAUUAACAAUCUGUACAGCAGAGGAAUGUCAUUGUAAUAAUAGCUCUGGGUCUGUUAGACUCCUCCUCCUAACAUCUUACAUCAGACGUUUGCUGAAAAGGCAGGAGAGCAGUGAGAAGGGCGUGGCGGAGCUUUAACUCAAACAUUAACGCCUGUGUGUUUUGCACUUUGUACAGUGCUGGGUGAUCCGUUUCACCUGACUUGUGGUGAAAAGCACCCCCCCCCCCCACCCGGGUCAUUCUCACCGCCUCGGUUAGUCACUUCAGAGUGCCAUGUAGCCCCACAGUUUGCGUGCUGUAGGUGGGACCUGAUUUUGAUUUGAAGAAAUUGGGCAAUCGUUUAUCUUUAGCGUGAACCUUUUUCGUUGCAUUUGAGCCUUCGGAGCGUUUGUAAUUCCAGUACAAUGGUGAGUGUAAAGCAUUGUGGGUAGCAGAGAGCUUCAGGUGUGUUACAUCUCUGACAAAAACUGACGGAAGAGAUUUUCUUCAUUCUUUCUGCAGCGCGUGUUUCUAUAACAAAUCAAACAAACACUGCUCUUCUAUAAGAGCCCACUGUUCCUCUAUCCACAUUCAUCAGGCAUGUUGCCCCAUUGACUGUGCAUGAUGCUAUACUAAAAAUAUUGUACUGGAAUUGUUUCCGUUUACUCUCCGAGCAUUAAAAAAAAGAAGAAAAAAAAAAGACUGAACAAGUCUUGGCUGUGUGCUGACUUUUAACUGCAGUUUCAGCAGAGAGUGUGUGGGUGCUUUCAGAUGUGUCAAAGGCCUGGGCCCAACUAUAAAAAUAAUAAAAACAUUUGAGACUAAAUCAAA